AUGAUGUACGCCAGUGACCCGCACGAGUCCGAGUCCGAGACCGAGCACAUGGAUAUGGACCCUGACGACGAAAUGCGCAUGAACAUCAUGACGCGGACAAUGGCCAACAACUCGGUAGGAGAAAUCGUCGUGGAAAAUGGAGAGAUACGAGUUCAGGAACCCGAUGCAGCGUCCACCGACUCGACGGGAUCUGAUUCGAGUGAUUCUUCCACCAAGGAAACCAUCGUUGAGACGGCCGGUGGGCCUACGAUUCUUCCCAUCCGGACAACCCCUGUACCGAUUUACUCGGAUCCCAUGGUCCAAGAAGCCGCGGAACGCUACAAACGCACGGAGCUAGAGCUCCAACAGGCUAUGGAAGCGCAACGUCAAAUGGGUGGCCCCAACUCACCUGGUACCUUCACCGGCGUUGUGACUGCCUUGCAGGACAAAUAUGAGCAAAUGGUUCGCCAGUACAAGUAUGACGGCUCAAGGCAUGACGUUGAUGCCGCCCGUUACGGAUACCGCUUUGGAAACGGAUCGGCUGCCGGCAAGGAGAAUACGCCCACCAAGACCAAGUACGGAGAGUACAAGGCCGAGACCAGCUACCAGAAGAAGGGCCGUAACCGCAAGCCUUGGACUGCCGAAGAAUCCAAUCGAUGGCUCUUGCAGAUCAUCUGGGUGGGACUUACCAUCACUCUGCUCUUGAUGAUGAUCAUUAGCGCCAGCAACAGUGGCCGUGACAUGCUCCGUGCUCAUGUUAAUGUCACCGACACUGACAUUUCACCCGCAGCCAAGGCAUCCCUGGAGCAGCAUCACAAGCCAGCUCCGCAACCAGCACCGCAACCGCAACCGGUACCAAAGCCAGCUCCACCGCCACCACCAAAGCCAGCUCCGCAACCGGCUCCAGUCCAGCCGAGGGAUGGAGACCAACAGGCUGAUGUAGCCCAAGAAGCCUCUGAGGAUUCUGAUGACGGGUUCUCCUCCGAAGAUGAAUCUGAAGAUGAGGACGACUCGAAGGAGGAAGAAGAUAACGAAUCGAAGGAUGAGGACGAGUCGAAGGAAGAGACAGAAAAAUUCAAGGAUGAGGAAGAAUCCAAAAAUGAAGAUCAAGUUGAGUCCAAGGAAUCCGAAGAUGAGGCGGAGUCCAAGGACGAAGAGGAGGAAGAAUCCAAGGAUGAGGAAGAAGAAGAAUCCAACACCAAGAAGGAAAGCCAAAAGAAUGAGCCGAAAACCAAGAAAACAUCAGAGGAGGCGAACAAUGAAUCGGAUCAGUUCGAGAAAAUCAAUGAUGCCAUCGAGGACGCGAUAGAACAUGACGAGGAAGACAAGUCUGACCCAGCAGCAAAGAUUGAGAAGCUUGAGCAGCUUGAGAGCGAACUGGAUACACUUAGCGACAAUCUGAAGAAAGCAAACAAUGCAGCAGACAAAUCAGAAGAAGAGAAGGUCGAUGCCUUCCGCAAACGUAUCGAAGAGGACAAAGAAAAAGCGAUCAAGUUGGAGCUUGUGAAGGACCACAAGAAGAAGAAGAAUGCGGAAAAGGCGCAAUUCCGGUCGAAAGGAAAACGGAACAAGCCUAAGAAAAAAGAUACCACCACGUCGAAAGAGGAGAAAAGUGAGCAUCAAGCAAAGGACAAAGGCCCAGCCCCUGAAAAGGCCCCGAAACAAGAUAACCCCAAGAAGGACAGCAAACCAGCCCCUUCAAAGGCCCUGAAGCAAGAGAAACCCAAGAAGGACAGCAAACCAGCCCCUGAAAAGGCCCCGAAACAAGAGAAACCCAAGAAAGACGACGAGCCUUCCCCUACAGAGGCCCCAAAGCAAGAGAAACCCAAGAAGGACGAGGAACCUUCCCCUGCAAAGGCCCCAAAGCAAGAGAAACCCAGGAAAGACGACGAACCUUCCCCUUCAGAGGCCCCAAAGCAAGAGAAAGCCAAGGAGGACGAGGAACCAGCCCGUACGGAGGCCCAGAAGCAAGACAACCCAAAGAAAGACGACGAACCGGUCCCCGCUACGACACAAGUGCGCGAUGGAGAGGAUAAAAGCUUGUAUGCCGACGGAAGUAGCAACCAGGCUGAAGGCGGAAACGCAGUUGAUAGGGGCACUCAGGCAUACAUAAAGACUUCGGUAGUUUGA